AUGUGUUUAUCACUUUUUUGUUUAACGGUAAACUGAAUAUACAUACAUGAAUAUAUAUAUAUAUAUAUAUAUAAACAUUAAUCUAAGUAUGAUAUUGCAUACGUAUAUGAAAGAGUGUACGAGUACACAAAUGAAAAGGAAGUUUUUUUAAAUAAAGAAAUAAAAGAAAACUUUAUACUAAAAAAUAAAGAAAAACAAAAAACAAAAAUAAUUAUAUAAAAUAAACUGAUUUGUUUUGUGAGACUAUGGGAAGAUAAUAUUGUAAAGAAAAAGCACACAACUAAUAACAACAACGAAAAAUAGCGACAAUAUACAAAGCUAAGAAAGAAGUUUAUUUUAGAAAAAAAGUUAAUAAAAUAUAAAAUCAGUUGCAUCACUGUUGAGACACUUCAGUCACUCGAAGGCUUUUGAAUUAGUUAGAUUUGAAUAAAAAAAAAACAUUAAUCAAAUAUAUAAAUCAAACAUAUGGCAUUUUUUAAAUAAGUAAACAAGAAAAAAAAAAGUAUUUGAAAAUUUAGGAGCUUUUCGGAAAAUUUUCGUUGCAAUAAGAAGCAACCGGUAGUUAAGGAUCGGAUUGACAAUUAAAAAGUUCGGUGUGUAGUGAUUGAAAAAUAAUGAUUAAAAUUUGAAAAGGAUAAAACUCCACAUUAUCGUGAAAAUAAAAUUUGUAAAUUGAACAUAAACCAUUUUGAAAAAAUACUUAUACAAAACAGUUUAUAUUUAAAAUUAAGAAAUUGAAAUUUGGAUAAAAAAAUAGAAGUUUAACGAAAUCACAGAUGGUAAAAAUAACUUGUGCAAAUCAAAAAUAAACUAAAAUAUUUGCCAGAAUAUUUAUAAGCAAAAAAAAGUUAUUCAAAUUUCUAAUCAAACAAAAUUUGCGUACAUUAAUAUUUAAAAAAAAUUGAUAUAAUAAUUAAAAUUAAAUAAAUUUUUUAAAAAAUAAAUGAAGUUAAAACAGUGUUUUGAAAGAAAUAUUGCUUUUAUUAUUUAAAUUUUUAAUUAACAUAUUUUCUCUCAAAACGGCGAAACACAUACGGAUAUGAAAUGAUUCUAUUAAAUCAAAAGGACAUGGAUUCGCCACAAAUGUUCGAUACAGUACAAACAUUAACACAAUUGGAUUUGAAAAAAGCAGCACCACAAGCUGCAAUAGUUGCUGGACAAAUAACUUUAACCGCAAUGUCAAGUAGUCCAACAUCAAAUGGGUCCACAAAUAGUAGUAAUACCAACAGUAAUAAUAGUAAUAGUAGUAAUAGUAAUAAUAACAAUAAUAAUAAUAACGGUAGCAACAAUAAUCCAACCAGUGGUGCAAACGGAUUAAUUAUAAAACAACAACAGAAUAUACAAAUGCAACAGGCUGCUUUAACUAAUACUAAUAAUAAUAACAAUACUACAACAAAUAACAAUGAUAAUAGUAACAAUAAUAAUAGUAAUAGUAAUACAAAUAAUAGUAGUAGUAUAUUGCAAAAACACAUGUUACAACAAUAUGCCCAAACUGAAUUGGACGAAUUAACAGCGCAAGAAAUUUCACUGGACUUACAACAUUUGAUUGAUGAUCAGUUUCGCGAACAAGAAGCGUUAGGCAUAUUUGGUGAUAUUGUUAACAAUAAUGCUAAUGGUCUAAUCAAUAAUAAUAACAUAUUGCCAACAAUGGCAAACGGAGUUGUUAGCGCUGCUGCAAAAGUUUUACAAAUGCAACAUCAACAUAAUCAACAUCAUCAAAAUUUAAGACAGAAUGGUAUUAGUAAUGGUAACAAUAAUCAUCAUAAUGGUUAUAGUAGAAAUGCAUUAGCAUAUAUGCCGCAAGCAGUUCAUUCUGGUGCAACAUAUUCUAAUUCAAGUGAUGACAAUUCAUCAGUUGGGUCUGAAACAUCAACAAUUAAAGAAGAACCACUAGAUCCUCAAGAAUAUCGUAGACAUUUGCAGCAUGUUACAAAUGGAAAUUUUUUAGGUGCUGUAGCAAAUGGCACUAAUUUGUUGGGUAAUGGUACAACUGGUAAUAGUGUAACCGGUAAUAGUGGAACACCGAACAGUUUGUAUCCUCUAGCAGCAGCAGCUGCUGCAAAUUCUUAUGUUUCAAAUGGAAGCAAUUUGAACACUAACGGCACAUCAUUUACAACAUUAACGCCAACUGCUGCAGCAGCAACAGCAGCCGCCGCUGUUUUACAUCAUCAAGCUUUACCACAUUUAACUGGCGCACAUUUGGCAUCACUUAAACAUCACCACCAUCAUCAUAAUAAUAAUCAUAAGACAAACGGUUUAAGUGGCAUAAACGGUAUGGGGGGAAUGAGUGGUUGUAAUGGAUUACAAUCACAACGUAAACAGAAUCCAAAGCAACUUGACAAAGGCACUGAUGAAUAUCGUCGUAGGCGAGAACGAAAUAAUAUUGCUGUAAGGAAAAGUCGGGAAAAGGCAAAAGUAAGAUCACGUGAAGUUGAAGAAAAAGUUAAAACUUUAUUAAAGGAAAAGGACACAUUAUUGAGAAGACUUGAAGAAAUGACAAACGAAAUACAAUUACAUAAACAGAUUUAUAUGCAAUUGAUAAACCAUAGUAAUCCAGAAAUAAGUAGGGUAUGUCGAAGUUUUUUAAACAUGAGUGAUCAUGGUAUCUAA